UCAAAACGGUCCCGCCAUUUUCAAAAUACGAAAAAGCAAAAACCAAAAAAUGGUGUCCAAAACUGUGGAAGUUUCAUUUCCUUCAAACAUCGAACGCAGCGUCGCAUCCGCGCUUCUCAGUCUCUCCUCCUGUCCUUCCGUGGGAAUGAGCGGCGGCGACGGUGACAGUCCAGAGAGCCUCGAGAGCACGGCGAUUUCCGCCCUCAGAAGCGGCGGAUCGCCGGCCGAGGUGGAGGCGAGUGUGGAUGAUGAAUCGUCGAGCGCUCAGCAGCUGAUGGCGGCGGCGUUUGUGUCCGGAUCGCAUGAUCUGAAGCUGAAGAUAGUGCAGAAGAAACGUUCAAAAAGCAUCUACAUCUCCAAUGGCAAGAAACCGAAAACCAGCAGCAAGCCAGUAGCAACUCCUGCCUUUUCUGCGUCGUCUGAGACUUUUUCUGAGAUAACAACUGAGGCUUCAUCAUGCCUUUCUAGCAACUCCAGUGGGCAAAGCCUUGGUAGUAAAACUAGUGCUGCUGAUAAGGGGAGGAAGCCAGUUAUCCCCAGUCACAUGAGCCACAAAGCUGCAGCCAUUAUGAGGUUUCUUGCUGAUGGAAGUGCUUCUGAAGUGAUGAUUCGUCAAUUGCUCGGAGACAGCCCGUCCACGAGCAAAGCCUUGCGAAUGUUGCUGAAGCUGCAGGCAGUGAAGAGAUUUGGAGCUGGAGGCCGCUCUGAUCCUUAUAUUUACAUGAUUGCAUAAUUAGGUUACACAAAUGGAUCAAGUUAUCUGCCCAAUCAAUAAAAUAUAAAAAAUCAAGGUAAUUUUUUUGAAAUUCUUGCACGUCCCUGCCCAAUACCUUAGGUAUAUUUGUUUAUAUUAGAAAUAUUUCUUUACUUGUAAUUUGAGAUUGAGAUUGAGAUUUCGUUACACGUAAGUGAAAAGUAGGAAUUUUGUGCA